GUGAAAAUGCCAUCCUGGUGGGCUGUGGCAUGGCUUAGAUGGGCUCAAGCAAUCACUACUCUCAUUGGGCUGUACAAUUUAUGGGCUGGGUUUUAGUCGCUACCUGUGAAGACGGGCCCGUGAUUAUGACCAUGAGAAAAAAAACUCUAAUUUCUCGCCGAAAGAGAUUCCAAUUCAUUUUCGCCCUUCCUUCACCAGCUAGCAGUCCAGCUCCUGCAGUUGCUCUCAUGGCUUCCUCAAGCUCAGCAGGCAAUGCAGCUCAAAACCCUAGAAAAUCGUUAGGGUUAGUCGCAAAUGCAAUGAAACGCAAAGACAGCUUCAUCCAGCUCUUUGCGAUGACUGGGAUUUUUCUCUUGAGCAUCAGAUCCCUAGGCCAAAAGUACCAAAUCCACGACCUCCAGGAAGACACUAUAGCUCUUAAAGAAGAGCAAAAAAACCUAACCGAUCGCAUGAAGAAUAUAAAGCGCAGCCUCCUUCACGAAGCCUCUCUUGAUUCCUCUGGUCUCUUCGCUUCUCGCCUUCGCCUUCUCUUCGGCGAGGACCAUUGAAUGGAAAUUCGUGGUCUAUUUUGCCUGUUUUCAUGAAAGGAUUUGCUGGCUUGUAGCUGCAGAUAUCACGCCUGAGAUAAGGGGAAAGAUCCCAAGGCAAGUGACAAUUUUCUGGUCAUAUCAUCUGGGCCGGAGUUUUAUCACACAUUUGCUAGGAAAACAACAGAUGUGGCAAUUCUAGGACCCAUCUCAUGACUUGGAAAGAGAAAAAAGAAAAGAAAAAAAGAGGCCUGAUCUAAUUAGACAAAACAGUGGUUGAUUGGGUGUUUGACCAGAUUACCAAAUAGGUCUGCCAUGUCACAAAAUACAGCCGAGUAACCGUUUGGAGCUCGAGUAAUUUUCACUUUGGCACAGAAAUAAUGGUUGUGCAUGUAGCGCAUGCGUAAUCUUUAGAUCACGUAUGUAGUAAAUACAUGAUCUAUAGGAGGUGCAUGUGCUACUACAUGCGCAACAACUGGUAGUAUAUAUAGUAAAUACACAACAACUAGUAGUCUACAUGCACUAUCUAUUAAAAUCCCAACCCCCUACUUGUCUCAAUUAUUUUUGCUCCCUGCUCAGCAAAAACACAGUUUCACAUGAUCAUAAAAAUAGCAACUAUAGUUCAAGCCAACAGAUUCGUCUAAUUUACAUAGCUGAUAAAUUUAUAAUUAAAAAAACUUAAUCUCAACACUAAAAUAAUUCAUUGCAAUAAACAAUAUUAAUUCAAUAUAAAUUAAUUAAAUUAUAUAGUUAAACAUAUAACAAAUUAACACGUUAAUGAGCUUGCAUCAUCAGAAUCGCAUGUCAUCGUCUAGCAUAAUAAGCAUUAUCAUUAUUCUCUAUUGCA